AUGACGACGGAGAAUAAUAUUCAACGAAUGACGAAACUAGUGAUUGCCGACCAACAAAUACAGCAAAAUUCGCAAACGAGCACACCCGCACCGUCAAGUCAUAAUCAGCUGCCUGGUAAAGUGGUGAUGAGAAAGCAUAACAGCGGCAGCAGUAGUAAUGGCGCAAGUGGCAGCAAAAACUCCCUUAACUAUAAUAUGCAAUUCAAUGAAGUUGGAAACAGUGAGACUCCGAACGACUGUGUCGCUACAUCGCCAACUUCGCCUGGCGAGAUGAGCUCAAACGAACUGCGGCAACUAAAACGCGAAUCAGAUCCUCAAUAUUCACGGUUCGCAGAUUAUUUUGUGAUAUGCGGUUUGGAUUUAGACACGGGCUUAGAGCCUGAUCGUUUUGUUGGGCGUGGCACAUACGGCCAUGUUUACAAGGCGAAAUGGAAGGAGCGCACUGAUGGUAAAGAAUAUGCACUGAAGCAGAUUGAUGGUACUGGUUUGUCCAUGUCAGCGUGUCGAGAAAUAGCGCUGCUUCGUGAGUUAAAACAUCAAAAUGUAAUAACUCUCAUUCGCGUAUUUUUGUCCCACAACGACCGCAAAGUAUUUCUCCUAAUCGACUAUGCCGAACAUGAUCUGUGGCACAUCAUAAAAUUUCAUAGAGCUGCUAAAGCUGCCAAGAAGCAAGUUAUUGUGCCUAGAGGUAUGGUUAAGAGUUUACUAUAUCAAAUUCUAGAUGGCAUACAUUAUCUACACAGUAACUGGGUUCUUCAUCGCGAUUUAAAACCAGCUAACAUUCUGGUAAUGGGCGAUGGUAAUGAACGGGGCCGCGUAAAAAUUGCAGAUAUGGGUUUUGCACGUCUAUUUAAUGCUCCACUAAAACCGUUAGCUGAUCUAGAUCCAGUGGUUGUAACGUUCUGGUAUCGAGCACCUGAAUUGCUUCUGGGUGCUCGUCAUUACACAAAAGCUAUUGAUAUUUGGGCAAUAGGUUGCAUUUUCGCCGAAUUACUAACAUCGGAACCAAUAUUCCAUUGCAGACAAGAGGAUAUAAAAACUAGUAAUCCUUAUCACCACGAUCAACUGGAUCGAAUUUUCAACGUAAUGGGAUUUCCUCAAGACAAAGACUGGGAGGAUAUUAAGAAAAUGCCGGAGCAUCAUACAUUAACGAAAGAUUUUAAGCGCUCCACUUAUUCAACGUGCUCACUUGCCAAAUAUAUGGAACGUCAUAAAAUAAAGCCAGACAGUAAAGCAUUCCAUCUUUUGCAAAAACUAUUACUUAUGGAUCCCAAUAAGCGCAUAACUUCAGAACAAGCUAUGCAAGAUCCCUACUUUCAAGAGGAUCCAUUGCCAACUCAAGAUGUAUUCGCUGGCAUGCCUAUUCCAUAUCCAAAGAGGGAAUUUUUAACUGAUGACGAUCAAGAAGACAAGGCGGAAACUAAACGUCAACAACAGCAACAGCAGCAACAACAACAGCAGGAGCCAAGCGCUAAACGAGUGCGUUUAUCUGGACCACCUGGUACAGGACAGCAGCAGCAGCAAGUGCAACAAACACAAGACUUUCAUCAUCAACAACAACAGCAGCAACAAAUGAUGUUUAAUCAGCAACAAAGUUUUCAGCAACGUUUUUAAAUAUGUAUAAUAACCAACUCGAGAACAUAAAUAUAUAUAAGGGCUGUUUAGGACGUUGUGCAU